AGUCAUUCAAGUUUCAACUUCUUCGUGGUGAAGAUGUUCGGUGCUUUGGUGGUGCUAGGUUGUGCUUUGACCUUUGCUUCGGUAGCACAGUGUGAUGAUAAUAAUGAGUAUAAUUGGAUGCUUCCGUACGAAAGAUCUUCAUUACAUGAUUGUGAGGAGCGGUUCUACAAAAAAAUUGAUCCAAUUAAAGUUGCACCAGCAGCAGGAAGCCCUGCUUACUUGCGCGAGUUUGCCCACAUAGCCGCCAUCGGUUGGACGAAUGAAGAUCAAAGUGUGCGAUGGUUGUGUGGAGGAUCGUUGAUCUGGGAAAACUUCAUUCUUACCGCGGCCCAUUGCGCAGCUGACGAUAACAAUGUUCCACCAGAUGUAGCUCGUAUGGGAGAUAUCAACAUCUACAGCGAUGAAGACGAUGAAUUUGCGCAGCAAUUGAAGAUAGUGGAAAUCAUUCGCCAUCCAAAACAUAAAUAUAACUCAAAUUAUUACGACAUUGCACUGAUGAAACUCGAGAGAAAUGUCACCCUUCAUAACACGGUAGCACCGACCUGUCUUUGGCUAGACGAUGAGAUACGCUUCCCCGAGCUGUUGGCGGCUGGAUGGGGCAGAACAGGAUUCGGCGAGGAUACAACAAAAACUCUGUUGAAAGUGCAGCUCGCUCCAAUCACCAAUGACAAGUGCUCGACACAUUACCAAAGAGGUGUUCGAAAAUUAGAAAACGGUCUUAUGGAUCAUCAAUUUUGUGCAGGCGAUGAAAAGAUGGACACUUGCCCAGGAGACUCCGGAGGGCCACUACAUGUAAAACUUUUCAAAAAAUGGAAGUUAGUUCCAUUCCUGGUAGGAGUGACUUCAUUUGGGAAAGCCUGCGGUAUAUCAGCGCCCGGUGUAUAUGUGAAGGUUUCGAAGUUCAGUGAUUGGAUCAUUGAAACUCUUCAACGUCACGGCGAAAUGGCCACACGUUUCAAGUUUGAGCCGUUGGUUUGUACCGAUCGGUAUUACAAUUUGCGCGAAUAUAAGGAAGACCUUGUGAGAGUAUAUGAAGGUCGGGAAUAUUUAGACUUGUCGAAUGCAUACGUGAGUUCAACAAUUAGUAACAACGUAGUAUUUUUUCGAAGGCUGCCCUCUGUUCCUCAAGUCAAUAAUGCUUGCUUUGGAACACUCAUCGAACCUAACGUAGUGUUAACGUUAGCUGAAUGUGUUCUUGAUGAGGGGAAAGUAUUCUACUUUUAUUUCUCUCACUUUUAUUUGCCUGUUUAAUGUAUCAUCAUUUGUCAAUUACAGAUCAAGACCAACGCACGUGGUACUGACGAAUGGAAACUUAAUUAAGGUACUGGAAAUCAUUCCUCACCCGUCGUACAAUCACUCUAUUUCUCCGUUCUACAACAACAUCGCUGUGAUGAAACUCCAAUCUUUUGGGAUGAUUGAACCAUUUUGUGGGUGGUAUGGAGAUCCCAAACCAGAUCAGAAGUUAUUAAUUACAGGAAGCAAUCGUAUACCGAUUGAAAAGACGGAAGAAUAUAAUUCAACCAUAAUAAUGACCCGAGUUUGGGAUCAAUCACCUAAACAAUGUCGGUUAGCUCAGGAGUACUCCGAUAUGCUUCCAGAGGGAUUGCAGAACGAGCAUUUGUGCUACGAGAACCAGCCCUUCCUUGUUCCAGGCGCUUGUGAUAUAGUGAUAGGAAGUCCAAUUGAAAGAAACGGUGAAAAACGCAUUUAUAUCGAUGGCAUCAAUUUAUUUGGUCGCGAUUGUGGUUAUGGUGAGCCGGCUGUAGGCAUACGGCUCAGUUCACACAAAGCUUGACUCGAAUCGGUCCUGCUUCCUCGGUCUAAGAGAGAUCCUUUAGUGUAUCUUGAUCCAGAUCUAGAACUUGGCGACGAAUGCGAGUAUGCCGAUCUGACAAAAGGAAUUUGUAUGACUGAAAAACAUUGCCCAGCCAUUCACACACGACUGCAGAACAACCAACAGGUUAUGUUCUGUGGAAAUAGAACUGUGCUUUGUUGUCCUAACAAAGCUACCGAUCCUCGAAUAAUUGCAAUAGAAGACGAAUUCAACCAGUGUGAGAAUCGCUAUCGUCACUUAAGAACUGAUCGACAGAACGGAAGUUCUCAUGCCAUUGAGAUAGGAUGGCAAGAUGAUCGCAACACAACGUAUGGAUGUUACGGAUACCUCAUCAGUACACGUGGUAUUGUUUCAUCGGCAUCCUGUUUAUCGGAAAGAGCUGAUCUACCUAACAUUGUGCGGAUUGGAGGAAUCGAUUCAUUGGACAAUUCGCGUGUUGUUCCUAUUGAGAAAGUCAUCAUCCAUCCCAACUACAAUAAGGAAAGACUAGAACAUAAUAUUGCAAUAGUGAAACUCGAAUCAACCGUGGAUCCAUCGGAGCAUGUAUUUCCUACGUGUCUUUGGCAGAACAUUACGCACUCGCCGGUCAAGCAGCUAGUAUUGGAUUUUGCUUCCAAGCGAUUCGAUCCCAUUCAUCCGAUGUACAAAAGCGACUGCGAGGCUCUUUUGAAUCGAACUUUCGAUGAGCAUUAUACCCUCUGCAUGAAUCCAGGAACAAAAUUCUACAAAACCUUAUUUUAUGCUGGGGAUUUACAAGUGCGACUGGCGCCAAAUGUUUCUAUCUCCAAUACCUGCUAUGAAACUGGAAGUCCUAUUGUAUGGAGACAGGCUCCGAAUAGCACUGAUAACGUAGAAUAUCUCGUGCAUAUGUACAGCCACGGAAGCUGCGAUCUCAACAUUCCUCGCGUAGUGACCCGUAUUGCCGCGUACAUCGGGUGGUUCAAAGCAGUGCUGCAUUAAUUGUAAUGCUGCAUUAUGUGACCGAAUGUUUUCACUCUGUGAGAUCAAUUAAUCAGAACAAUUCUUUUGCAAACAUCCAUCUGCUAGGCUCGGUUAAAAAAAUAAA